AUGCCCUCGCGCGCGCGAACCGCCGGCGACGCUCCGCCCACGGACUGGCUGGCAGAGCUGCCGCAUGAGCUGCUGCUGCGUGUCCUCGAGAGCGUCGACGACUUCUCCGAUUGCGCCGCCUUCAGCCUCGCGACGCCGCGCCUCGGCCUCCUCGCCCAUCGCCGUGGGCUCGCGCGGUUUGUGGACCUACGCUUCGCCAUUGCGAUGAAGCUCCUGCUCAUCCAGCGCUGCGCUGCUGCCGGUACUUUCGGCACUGUGUCGGUGACGCUCAGCGAGGUCACCCUCCGCAAAUACGCCGGCGACUGCCGAGCCAGCGCCGACCACUUCCCAUGGCUUGCGAGCGUGAGCCCGGCGCUCUGCCUCUCGUCAGAAUUGGAGGGCGCUGGCGAGCUCCGCGCCGAGGACUGGAGGCUGCGGCGCGGCGAAGAGGUUGGCGCGAAGCUGCGGAUGCGUUUCCUGCAGGGUCGCGGCAUGGUGCGUCACUACGAGGGCGAGCGAGGCGCGGAGCGGCUGGUGCGCGAGUGUGUCGACGGCACGGUGUUUCACUACGAGGGCGAGCGAGGUGCAGAGCGGAGGGUGCGCCAGUGUUUCGACGACAUGGUGUUUCACUACGAGGGCGAGCAAGGCGCGGAGCGGCAGGUGCGCACCGAGUUUGCCAACGGCACGGUGUUUCACUACGAGGGCGAGCGAGGUGCGGAGCGGAGGGUGCGCCAGUGUUUCGACGACAUGGUGUUUCACUACGAGGGCGAGCAAGGCGCGGAGCGGCAGGUGCGCACCGAGUUUGCCGACGGCACGGUGUUUCACUACGAGGGCGAGCGAGGUGCGGAGCGGAAGGUGCGCUACGAGUUUGCCGACGGCAACGUGCUUCACUACGAGGGCGAGCCAGGUGUGGAGCGGCUGCUGCGCGUGGAGCUGGCCGACGGCACCGUGGAGCACCACGAGGGCGAGCGAGGCGCGGAGCGGAAGGUGCGCGCGGUGAGUGCCAGCGGUGCCGUGGUCAAGUACUUCGAGGGCGCGCGAGGCGUGGAGCGGGUGGUGCGAUGGGAAUUCGAUGGCCCCGCUCGCCCGCAGUGA